AUGAAGGUCCUGCUCAUCUCUGCUCUGGUGGCGGUCGCCCUGGCGGCUCCCCAGAAGUACGCCCAGCAGCAGUACUCAGACGCUCCGGCCAAGUACGCCUACGACUACAAGGUGCAGGACUCCAACUACGCCGUCGACUUUGGACAGAGCGAGUCGCGCGACGGAGCCAACACGCAGGGCAGCUACUACGUGGCGCUGCCGGACGGCCGCGUGCAGCGCGUCACCUACAGCGUCAGCGGCGACGGCGGCUACGUGGCCGAGGUGACGUACGAGGGUGAGGCGCGCUACCCGGCGGCGUCCGUCAGCCAGCCGGCAUACCGUCCGGCCGGCAAGCAGCAGCCGUACAACUAG